UUUUGAAUUGGUCUUUUCUAUGAAACUCUACCUAGGAUUCUACAGCUAGCAUUUGUAAGACUUGCCAUGGCCUUUGAUGAAAUUCUACAUCAUGUAGAUGACAAUGGACGAUUUCAGAUUUUGAUGAUUAUCCUUCUCAACAUUACAUCUUUGCUGUCAUCCCCUCACGACUUCAUGGAGAAUUUUACAGCAGCCACCCCUGAUCAUCACUGCCGUGUAAGCCUUCUUGACAAUCCAAGAUCUGAAUUUAAUAUCACUAUGAACUUGACCACUGAAGCUAUGAUGAAGGUCUCCAUCCCCAUGGGCCCAAAUCAGAAACCUGAGCAAUGCCGUCGCUUUCGGCACACCCAGUGGCAAUUCCUAGAUUCUAAUAUAUCAACUUUUAACAGUAUUGAGCUGGAGACUGAGCCAUGCCUGGAUGGAUGGACAUAUGACCACAGUGUUUUUACUUCUACCAUCAUCACUGAGUGGGAUUUAGUAUGUGAUUAUCAGUCAUUCAAAUACUAUGCACAAACCAUCUCUUUGUCAGGGCAUUUGGUGUCUAGCCUUCUAUGUGGCAUUGUUUCUGAUAGGUUUGGAAGGAAGCCAUUGUUGGUGUGUUCUUGCUUAGCCUAUGGGAUUUUGGGUACCUGCUGUGCCUUCGCCCCCAAUUUCUCCCUUUACUGUGUUUUGAGAUUCCUGUUGUCUAGCUCCAUGAAUAAUAUUAUACUCAACUCUUAUGCCCUUGUUUUGGAAGAAACAUUAUUACAGUAUCAAGUCACAGUUAUAAUACUCAGUGGACUGUUCACCAGUAUUGGUCAGGCCGUGUUGGGGGGACUAGCUUAUGUGCUCUCAGACUGGCAUAAACUGCAGCUUGCUUUCGCAAUGCCCUACUUCAUUAUUUCUAUUUUGUUCUGCUUGGGGCCAGAAUCAGCCAGGUGGCUCAUGGCCACUGGGAAAACAGAACGGGCACUAAAGGAACUACAAAGAAUUGCCUCCAUCAAUGGGAAGAAAGACAUUGCACAAAAUCUAACCACUGAGGCUUUGCAAUCUAAUCUUAUGGAAGAUGUGAAUUCGACCAGAAAACGCAUCAGAAUAAAGAGCAUCAUUAUUAAUCCCGUGAUACUUAAAACAGUGCUUUUAAAUUCCAGUGUGAUUUUUGCAGAGGUUUUCAGCUCUUUUGGCCUCUUGCUGGAUGUUCAAAUUUUGGGAAAGAACAUAUUCCUGAAUCAGUUUAUCCUAGGCAUGACAGACAUACCAAGCAAAUCACUCACAUAUUUUAUGUUAAGACGUGUAAACCGUCGACCUUUAAUUGCUUCUUCACUCCUUGUACUUGGAAUAUGUUUGACCACCACUAUAUUUGUAUCUGAAGAGAUGCAUGUCCUGCGGCUUAUUGUUUUCCUUUUGGGAAAAGGAUCUUUUUCAGCUUUCAAUUGUAUAAUCAUUACCUACACCAACGAAAUCACACCAACAGCACAAUGGUCUACUCUAAAUGGCAUAUAUAACUUUGUUGGUCGAUUAGCACCAAUACUGUCUGCACUAACACUUGUUACUAGAAAGUAUUUUGUACAUCUUCCCAUGAUUAUCUAUGGAAUCCUACCCAUAAUAGCAACAGUCAACAUCUACUUCUUGCCGGAGACCUUUAAUCUUCCAUGUAUUGACACUAUGAAUGAUUUGGAGAAAAGGAGCAGAAUGAAGAACAAAAGCACCAGAAAAAACAAAGAACAAGAUUUCUUGGAAACUACUGAGUGCUAAAGAAACUAAAACCAUAGGAUUUUCAUGAAUAUAAACCCUCUUUAUUCUGUUCUGUACACUAGAGACUUUACCUAUUGAUGUGCGUUCAUAAAUAUACUUAUU